GACAGUAAGAAGAGAUCCAUAGAGAUAAAGUCACAGUCACUGAAUGCUGAGCACAGUCACUCACCGCACCGAUCUACUGACACCAGUAUAGGCACUACACCUAGUCACCGGAGGAGGACGCCCUACACAUCACUCACCCACCCGCCCUCACCUCUCCUCAUUCAUCACCCGGAUUCUCACUCACCCACUAUGGCUUUAUUUCGUUCCUGGAUCUUUUUACUUUUUUGCUCUGUCGGACCUUGUGGCGCCAUCCACUGGCUUGGCCUUACAGUAAAUGGCAGUCGAGUAGCCUGGAAUGAAAGUGAGCACUGCAAAUUACUUCAAGGAUUGGUUCCUGACCAUACCCAACUUUGCAAGAGAAACAUGGAACUGAUGCAGAGUGUGGUCAAUGCAGCAAAACAGGCCAAACUCACUUGCCAACUGGCAUUCUCCGACAUGCGAUGGAACUGCUCAUCAAUUGAACUUGCUCCGCACUUCACCCCAGACUUGCUGAAAGGAACCAGAGAGUCAGCCUUUGUGUAUUCCUUAGCAUCUGCAGCUAUUAGUCACACCAUUGCCAGAGCCUGUGCCUCAGGGGAACUACCCACAUGUUCCUGUGGUGCCACCCCAGCUGAGGUUUCUGGACCAAGUUUUCGUUGGGGAGGAUGUGGUGACAAUCUGCGUUAUGGCCUUCAAAUGGGAUCAGCAUUUGUUGAUGCUCCAAUGAAAUCUAGCAAGUUUGGAACACAAGCUGCCAAGCUGAUGAAUUUGCACAACAAUGCUGUUGGGAGACAGGUGCUAAUGGAUUCAAUGGAGACAAAGUGCAAAUGUCAUGGAGUGUCUGGUUCAUGUUCAGUGAAGACUUGCUGGAAGGGUCUCCAAGAUCUGCCACAUGUAGCUGAUGAGCUGAAGUCCAAGUACUUGGCUGCAACCAAAGUCAUUUAUAGACAAAUGGGAACGCGCAAACAUUUGGUUCAUAAGGAGUUGGACAUCAGGCCAGUUAGAGAAUCUGAGCUGGUUUAUUUAAAUAGCUCCCCAGACUACUGCACCAGAAAUCCCAAGCUGGGCUCGUAUGGAACGCAAGAUCGACUUUGCAACAAAACCUCAUUGGGCAGUGACAGCUGUAACCUGAUGUGUUGUGGUCGCGGGUACAAUGUUUAUACAGAAACCAUUGUGGAGCGCUGCCAGUGCAAAUACUACUGGUGCUGUUAUGUCAUGUGUAAGAAAUGUGAGCGGACAGUAGAAAGAUAUGUCUGCAAGUGAAGUAAAUGUUCAAGCCUAAAUUUGACUGUUUAAACAUGUAAAUGUACCUGUCUGGGAAGCGGAGCUGAAAGCAGGUACUAAAAAUCCAAGCCUUUGUGACUGGAUAAAUAAGGGGCAAUCUACAGGAGCUGGCCUGCUGUGCUCCAAAGACAACCUCCCACACAAUGCCUGGAUUAAUGCACAGCCCCAUAAAAUGGAAAGAAUGAGGGUGAUACAUGCAGUUGGCACGGACUAUGGAGAUGUGGACACAUCAGUGCUCCUAAAUUGAGGACGUUACCUCUAAAUGAACCUGUCAUGCAGGAUGCAAAUGCAUAUGUAUGUUAUGUAAAAACAAACAACAAAAAAAACAUCAGUGUCUUUAGUUUUGAGACUUUAAUUGUAUAUAUAUAUUUUAUAAAUUGUAAUUAUAUUUUUAU